ACGACUCACGUGAUCAUCACUAGCUCCUAUCACAUAGCGACAGAGUCGUUGCUAAGGAAGUGCGGCUCCUGACUACCAGGAAAGAAAACAAUGAGUGUUUGUAAACUGUAGGAUUAGCCAUUUGCUUUAAAUCAGAUCUAUUUUCGCGUCAGUGUACUAGUUAAUGAACGGACUUGGAGCAAAGCACAUCGUAUGGCAGAGCUGCAUAUCAUCGGGCAGAUCAUUGGGGCCAGUGGUUUCCCUCAGAGCAGUCUGUUCUGCAAGUGGGGCAUUCAAACAGGAGGAGCAUGGAGACUUCUGUCUGGUCUAAAGGAGGGACAGACACAAGUGGACAUACCCCAGAUAGGUGAAAUGGCUUACUGGAGUCAUCCUAUUGAUUUACAUUACUCCACUAAAGGCCUUCAAGGUUGGCCGAAGCUUCAUUUACAGGUCUGGCAUCAGGACUCUUUUGGUAGAUGUCAGCUGUAUGGUUACGGCUACUGCCAUGUGCCCUCCAGCCCCGGACAGCACCGGCUGCAGUGUGUGACAUGGAGGCCAGUGGGCACCUGGCAGGAACAGCUGGCCCAGAUGUUUGUUGGUGGGGGCCCUCAGCUUCGCUCUUCUGACCUCAUUUACAGUGGAGCAGACAGAUACAGGCUUCACACAGAGGCUAUGGGCACAGUAGAACUGGAGCUGUGCAUCAUUCUGCGGCAUUUUGAGCGAUAUGGUGUAGAGAGCUGAGAGACUCAAGGCUAUGAUAUGCAGAUAGCAACAUCUAAUGAGAGAUAUUUCAGAGGUGAACAAAUCAUAAAUUCAUUAGCUAGUCCACCGGGCAAGUAAAAGCUACUUUUGAAAAGAUCAUCUGUCAUCCAUGCACACUAAUAAAUCCACCUUGUAAAAAACUUUCUACUGACAGCAGAUCACACCUUACCCAAUGUGUAGUGCAGCAGGCAGUGGGAUUUGGAACGAUUAGUGUGUGCUAUAGUUACAGCAUGGAGGUGCAUUGGAUCACUGUGAAGUGCAUUACUUUUAAAUAUAACUACAUAUCAAAUGAAAUUUUGUGUUUUGUGAAAGUCUAUAAACUACUAUACCAAGUUAGUAUAAACCUUUUUGAAAAGUAAGGAGUAUUUUUUUUUUCUUUUCUGUCCGCUGUGCAACUAUGAAUAAAAACGAAUAGCCCGGACAUGAAAUGUGCAUGUCCUGCACAUCUGGGCUACUGCUUUGUCCACCACUGCAUUUUAUUUACACUUAUAGUGGAGUUACUUGUAGUGAAUUUGUGGCUUUUUUCUAUUCAGAGAAGAUGGAAAGGUGUCAGCUGAUCUCUGGCUUGUGAGACAUCUGUGGAUGCAGUGAUAAUUAAUAUGACCUGUAUGUUUUGAUCAAUUUUGUACUCAUUUUAUACACAAUUUUAAUGUAUUUUGUGUUGUAUGUAAAAUUAAUUAAAGUUUUGAUUGUUUAA